UGCAGGGUAAAGUAUUGCACAAACGUAGCCAUAGCAGCCGUAACAUCUGCUGCCCAGCUCCCCCCUACCCUGCGCAGAGAUAAAGCAGUGCUUUAUUCCGUUUUAGACCCAUAUUCAGGUUUUUACAUGCCCUCUUUUAUUUUUUACUUUUUAAAAUUAAGCCUACGUUUUAGUUCUUGUUUUUAAUUUGGGUUGAAAGGCGAAGCAUAGACAAAUAUACUCAGGGAUAUAUAACUGUUUUACUUGCUAUAAAGUUACAGAAGUUUUUAUUUUCCAGAUACGGACCUUCAAGGAAUUUAUUAUAAAGUUUCCAAAAUAGUAUAUUGUCUUUACGCGGAUACGGAGUGGAUAUGGCUUGGAUCAGAUGGGACCUAUUAUUUUCUAUAGGUUUAUUCAUUUCACCGACAUUUGUCUCCACGGAUCAGAGUGGCUUUAGGAGAUACUACGUGUUGCAGCCAGGACCGAGCGGGACGGACAGAGUACAUGUGAGUUCCAUCUCUUCGCGCUCCGGUGCCACGGGACAGCCCCAUGCCUACAAUGUGGAGCUCUCGGCCAGUUACAGUGGCCAGGUCCGAACCCGCAGGAUGGGUAACCAAGCGAACCCGAUCCCGCUUCGCCAGGACACACAGUUUACGCAGCAUCAGCAAGUCAUUCGGCGCACCAGCCACAACGUUCAACAGAGUCACCAAAUGAAAAUGUCAGGGGUGAAUGUCUGUGGAGGGCAGUGCUGUCAUGGAUGGAGUAAGGCCUCUGGAUCGCAGCGGUGCACAAAGCCCAACUGUCUGCCCCAGUGCCAGAAUGGAGGAAUGUGUCUGAGGCCCCAGCUCUGUGUCUGCAAGCUGGGCUCCAAGGGCAAGGCAUGUGAACAGAACACCAUGCCCACCUCCUCCUACCCAGCGCAGCCAGGGAACGGCCACACCAAUGGACACACCAAUGGACACAGCAAUGGGCACACCAAUGGACACAGCAAUGGGCACACCAAUGGACACAGCAAUGGGCACACCAAUGGACACAGCAAUGGGCACACCAAUGGGCACAGCAAUGGGCACACCAAGGGACACAACGUAGUGCCCCAGCGGCCCAUUCCCCAGCAAGUGCCCAUCCUCCAGCAGGGUUAUAUCCCUGCGCCAGUCCCUGUCAGCAACAUGGCCCAGAUGACCCUGACUGUCAAGCAAUCCCCCCACCUGGUCCGGCCCCAGCAAAUCCAGCCUGGUAGCCAGCAGUUUGUCCGGAAGCCCAAGUACUACCACACACAAACCACACACACCCAGACACAUGUCCAGCAUCAGCCUGACAGACCCAUUCCCCUGACAGUGGGACACAACCCCAUCCACGUGGGGAACCACACGGGACGGAUCAAGGUGGUCUUCACUCCCACCAUCUGCAAAGUGACCUGCACAGGGGGGCGGUGCCAGAACAACUGUGAGCUGGGCAACACCACCACCAUCGUCAGUGAGAACGGCCAUGCCGCGGACACCCUCACUGCCCCCAACUUCAGAGUAGUGGUAUGCCAUCUUCCCUGCAUGAAUGGUGGAAAGUGCAGUGCCAGGGACAAGUGUCAGUGCCCGCCUACCUUCACAGGGAAGUUCUGCCAGAUGCCUGUUCAGAACGGGAAUGGACAGCAGCGCCAGAAUGGACAGCAGCAGACGUCCCAGAUUCACUCCACUCACACUCUGCCUCUCACCUUCAGCAAUGGACAGAACCCUGUGAAAUAUGCCCCCAGCAUCGUGAACAUCCACGUGAAGCAUCCUCCAGAGGCCUCGGUGCAGAUCCACCAGGUCUCCCAGCUGGAUGCCAAUGGGCAGAAGGUGAAAGGCAAUGGGCAGAAUGGUCGCUCCCAGACCCAGUCCCACUACACCUACCACCACUCAGAGAGCAGCCAGAAGAUCCAGCAGCAGGGACACAACAUCAUCUACCCCAACCAGCAGAGCUACGUACCCCAGUACCAGCCUGUCUCCAACAGCCAGCUGGGACGCUGCUUCCAAGAGACCACUGGCACACAGUGUGGCAAGGCCCUUCCUGGUCUCAGCAAGCAGGAGGAAUGCUGUCAGAGCAUCGGAACAUCCUGGGGGUUCCACAAAUGCCAGAAGUGCCCGAAACCAUCUAUUCCUCUGACAGCAGGAGGAUCCAGACAGGCGAUGGACUGCCCCCAGGGAUACAAGCGCAUCAACAAUUCCCACUGCCAAGAGUAUGAGCACAGCAGAGCCUCCUGUGAUAUGGACCUGGACGUGAUAUCUAAUGAGUGCCAGCUGCAGGGCUGUGUUCCCAACGGAGACUGUCUGACACCAUGGGGUAGCUACAGGUGCAGCUGUAAGGCCGGCUUCAUCCCUGACCCCCUCUCCACCUGUAUCCCUGACACCCCUGCCAUCCACGAGGAGAAAGGGGCUUGUUUCCGAUUGGUCAGUUCGGGGAAGCAGUGUUUGCACCCGGUGCCUGCUCAGCUGAGCAAACAGCUGUGCUGCUGCAGUGUGGGCAAGGCCUGGGGCCCGCGCUGCGACAAGUGCCCCCUGCCAGCAACAGCUAAAUUCAAGGAGAUAUGCCCUGGUGGGAUGGGCUACACUGUCACGGGCUCUUACAAGCCCAAACCACCCAAUCAACUACCCAAACUUCCCAGCCAACCUGAGACCAUCAACAAGCCAAUGAUCACCCACCAAGAGCCUGUGGCCCCACCUCUGCCCUUCCCGACACCCGAGAAACCAGUGGAGGCCUUGAGCUUCACUGAGAGACAGCUUCCCUCUAUUCCAGUUGCCACAGAUGCACCUGAGCAGGAGCUGGUUAUUCUGGAGGCUACUAGUAGUAGGCCAGUAGUUGAGGUCGAGGCUGGCCAGCCACAACUCUCUCCCGGUGUCUCUACCAUGAGGAUGGAGCCGGCCUACCCAGAGGUUGUGGAGAAAACGUCCCCCCCUGCUCCAGCCCUGAUCCUCCCCUCCAACGCUGGCCAGGACAUCGCCCCGACUCAGUCAGCAGAGGUGGAUGAGUGCCAGGUCAACCCUCACAUCUGUGGCCAGGGGAUCUGCUACAACACUGUGGAGGGUUAUACCUGCAUCUGUAACGACGGCUACCAGAUGGAUGAGACACACACCACCUGUGUGGAUGUUGAUGAAUGCCUGGAGUCUGCAUCACUGUGCUCCAACGGACGCUGCAAGAACACUCCCGGCAGCUUCCUGUGUGUGUGCCAACCAGGCUUCAUGACAGACGAGGAGGGAACCAGUUGCAUUGAUUUAAACGAGUGUCUGAACUCCCACGCUUGUCCUGAGGAUGGCUUUUGUGUCAACAGUGUGGGUUCCUUCAUCUGUCGGCACUGUGACAGCGGCUACAGGAUGAGCCCAACAGGCCAGUGUGAAGAUAUAGAUGAGUGUCUGGACAUGGGUGUGUGUCCAUCCGGCAUGUGCGUCAACUUGCUGGGCUCUUAUGAGUGUGAUUCGUGUCCAGAGGGCUUCCAGGGCCAGGGAGGACAGUGUGUCGAUGUAGAUGAAUGCCUGCACCAGUCAACUUGUGCCAAUGGGAAGUGCUCCAACUUUGAAGGAUAUUUUGUCUGCUCGUGUAACGACGGAUUCACGCUCAGCCUAGAUGGACAAUCAUGUGAAGAUGUGGAUGAGUGCCAGGAUGAGCAGGUGUGUACCAGGGGGCACUGCCAGAACACUGUGGGUUCUUACCUGUGUAACUGUGGGCCCGGCUUCAGGGCCUCCCCGGCAGGGGACCAGUGUGACGAUGUGGAUGAGUGCCAGGUGCUGACCAUGCCCUGUGACAGUGUGGGCCAGUGUGUCAACAACAUGGGCUCCUACCACUGCAGCUGCCCCCAGGGCUACCAGCAGAUCAACGGCACCAGCUGCCUAGAUGUUGACGAGUGUCUGGACGACCCGAGCUGUGUUCCCCACACGGGGAGUGUCUCAACGCUGAGGGCUCCUUCUAUGUAUGUGGAUGAGUGCUCGGAUGACGCCAGGUGUGUUGGCGGCUCCUGUGAGAACAGCCAGGGUUCCUACAGAUGCCAGUGUGACACUGGCUACCGCCUGCAGCCAGACACCGACACAUGCCUGGAUAUCGAUGAGUGUGCCGAGUUGGGCCAGAGUAUCUGUGGCGCGUGGCUCUGUGAGAACACAGAGGGCUCCUAUAGGUGUGUGGUGGACUGCCCCCCCGGACACGACCGUGGCCCAGAAGGCAUCUGUGUUGAUAUUGACGAGUGCAACGUCAACGCCACGGUGUGUGGUAACCACGGCUUCUGUGAGAACACGGUCGGUUCCUUCCGCUGCCUGUGUGACCGGGGCUACCAGGAGUCCCUGGAGGGCCUCGGCUGUGUGGAUGUGAAUGAGUGUGAUUUGCUGAGCGUGGUGUGUGGCGAGGCCCUGUGUGAGAACGUGGAGGGCUCGUUCCUGUGUAUGUCCAACGAGGACCAGGAGUACAAACAGAUGACCGCCAAGUGCAGUCCCGCUCCCACAGCCUCGUCAGUAGAGAGGAAGGAGUGUUACUACAACCUCAACGAUGAGAACCUGUGUGAGAACGUGCUGACCAGCAGUGUCACCAUGGAGGAGUGCUGCUGUACACUGGGAGCAGGCUGGGGGGACAACUGUGAGGUGCACCCCUGCCCCGUCCAUGGCACUGAUCAGUUUUCCCAGAUGUGUCCAGCUGGGAGAGGCAGUGUCCCCACUGGUGACGCUGUGUUUGGAGUGACCGCAGCCGAGAGCUAUAAAGAUGCAGAUGAAUGUGCGUUGUUUGGCCAGGAGAUCUGUAAGGAUGGCUUCUGCCUCAACAGCGCAGGAAGCUACGAGUGUUACUGUAAGACCGGCCUGUACUACGACGAGGUCAAGCUGCAGUGCAGAGACAUUGACGAGUGUCAUGAUGAGUCUAGCUGUGUGGGGGGAGAGUGUUUGAACACACAGGGCUCCUACAUGUGUUUCUGUACACGCCCCAUGGUGUUGGACUCUGACAACAAGCGCUGCGUGAUCGCCCCUGAAGUGGCUGAGCAACACUCCGUGCAGACUGACUACCAGGGUAUUUGCUGGCAGACGGUAACUGGCGCCCGGAGGACUUGCACCAAGCCCCUAGCCAACAGAAAGACCACCUUCACAGAGUGCUGCUGUCUGUUUGGAGAGGCCUGGGGCAUGGACUGUGCCCUUUGCCCCCUGAAGAACACAGAGGACUAUGCCUCCAUGUGUAACGUGCCAAUGAGUGAAGGACAGGGGCGUCCGUAUGGUCGCGACGCCCUUGUGGCUGAGCCCAUCCAGGAGUAUGAGGUCAGCCUGGACUAUGAACCUAGCCCCGACCAGCCUGGUGCCCUGCCCCUGUACGAGGACGAGGAGAACCCGUACGGUGCGUUUGAGGGCCUGAGAGCGGAAGAGUGUGGCAUUCUGAACGGCUGUGAGAACGGGCGCUGCGUGCGGGUACAGGAGGGCUACACCUGCGACUGCUUCGACGGAUACACCCUGGAUAUGUCCCGCAUGGCGUGUGUGGAUGUGAAUGAAUGUUCCGAGCUCAACAACCGGAUGUCCCUCUGCAAGAACGCCAAAUGUAUCAACACGGAAGGAUCCUACAAGUGUGUGUGCCUGCCGGGAUACACCCCCUCUGAGCAGCCUAACUACUGCGUGGCCAGGGAACAAGGGGCAGCAGCAGCAGCGCACACAGAGAGGGAAUGAGCCCCCAUGGCCAGUAGAGGGACACCCAACACACUAAAAACACACUUAUUUAAUCCAAGCCCAUAUACUCUGCACUGUAUAAAAACACACUAAACAAAACAACAAAAUCAUUUACUUGAGAUGAAGAUCCAAUUUAACCAACUAUGUGGUGCCUUGUGACGGAGAAACACAACAUUGUAUAAAAUGUAUGUUUGUUUUUUGUAAGUUUAACUUUUUAUAUUAGAAGGAGUUUAUGCGCACUAGAGGAGCUUUCGCUCUCCUAACGCAACGACAAACCCUAUGAACUCUUACUGGGGGACAACGUUUUAUUUUCUACCCAGUCCAAAACGCCUUGUGUGUGGAUAUUUAAUUCAGUGAAGAGGCCAGCCGUCCCUUUGCUCUCCCCGUUCUCCCUCUUCCUCACAGUCCUCCUCCCCGUACGGUGGCUGUGGAGGACUGCCUGCCUGGUCAUGAAUGGACAGCCAUAAGAUCUUUGCUCCGUGGCUUCACACAAACAUACAGUAUGCACACUACUGUAAUAUAAUUUUCUUCAUGUAAAUUCUUUGGAAUAAGCUUUUUUUCUAGGCAUUUUUUUUGUAUUAAUGAUAAGUGCAAACACAAAACUACUUCUCUGUGUCUUGGACAUUGGACAAUAGCAGGUUUUUAUUUCUUAUUUUAUUUUGUUUCUUGCCUGCCCUGUGGAGCAGUCAUAUUCCCUACCAUUUCGUUUUUUUUCUUGAGAUAUUGUUUUAUUUCUUUGAACAAAAAUUCUAUGACAUUUUGCUUGGAUUUUUUUCAUACUUUAAUGAAACCUUUUUCUGCAUUUUACUGCAAUGUCUAAAAGUCUUGCCAGGUUGCAAAGCUGCUAUGGGACAGCCGUGGGAGAAAUUUUGUACAUUUAAACAGAAGAGUUGAGAAACCAGUUUAUGUAUUUGUAAUUUGUACAUGAAAAAUAGCUCUUGUAUGAAUAUUCAUAUUAUGAUGUAUAUUAAACCCCUGGUAAUAAAUCACAAAUGGUGAUAUUUAUACUC